AUGGAGGACAAACUACUCGAAUACAACAUGACAGACCCUUCUUCCGAGAGCGAGGAGGUCGAGACCUGGAUCUCGCAUUACUGUUCGUCGACCGGCCACGAUUACUUUGUGGAGGUGUUUGAGGAUUUCAUCGAAGAUGACUUCAACCUGACCGGCCUCAUGUUCCUAGUGCCCUACUACAAGGAGGCGUUGGAGAUGAUUCUGGAUCUCGAGCCCGAAGACCCGCUCAAGGUGCCAUCCAUCCCAAUGUUUGAACACUCGGCCGAACUGCUCUAUGGCCUCAUACACGCUCGAUUCCUACUCACCAAGACGGGACUGCAGAUUAUGGCCAAAAAAUAUGACGAGGCCCAGUUUGGCACUUGCCCACGAUACUACUGCGACGGAACACGCCUGUUGCCCACAGGCCGACACGACCUGCCCGGAUACGAGUCUGUGCGGCUCUACUGCCCGUGCUGCUGUGACGUCUACGUGCCGCCCAACUCUCGAUACCUCAACGUCGACGGAGCCUUUUUCGGCACCUCCUUCGUGGGACUCUUCCUCAAGAUGUUCCCCGAGGUCGAGCGCAACUGCAUUCCCCUGCGUAAAAACAUAUACGAGCUCAAGCUCUUUGGCUUCCGCAUCAACGAGAUGAGCUACAGCGGCCCGAGGAUGAAGUGGCUGCGACAGUACCCAGAGGACCCCAGUGUUCUGGAUGAAGAGGACAAACUACCCCCACCACGAACCGACGAAAAGGAUGAUGAUGGAGAUGUAAAGCUGGAGACGGACCAGGAGAACCGGGCAUGA